AUGGGAUGGAGCAGCUGGAACUAUUUCGGUCCCAACAUCAACGAGUCGAUUGUGAUCGCCACAAUCGAUUUUGUCAACUCCAGCGGACUCCAAGCGGCAGGAUACCAGUACAUCAACAUUGACGACGGCUGGCAACGGUACGCAGGCAACCGGUCAGACCACCCAGGACCCCUCGAGGCCGAUCCGGCAAAGUUUCCAAACGGCAUCAAGUACGUCGCCGAUUAUGCACACUCCAAGGGCCUCAAACUCGGCAUCUACAGCGGGCCGGGGGAAACGACCUGCGCCAAGUUCACGGGAACGACCGAGGGCUCAGAGGACCAGGACGCCGCGACGUUCGCUUCCUGGGGGGUAGACCAUCUCAAGUACGACAGCUGCUGCUCGAGGGGCGAGGAGGCCGCGGAGGAGCUGGUCAGGGGUGACGUCCGCCGGAUGGCCCUCGGGCUGCGCGCCACGGGUCGCAACGUCGUGUACCACGCGUGCCACUGCGGGUGGGCCGACAUCUGGACGUGGGCGCGCGACGAGGGCGCAAACCACUGGAGGAUGGGCCAGGACAUCAGCGACGACUUCAACUACCCCGGGUUUCGGGAGGACUACUACUUUGACGUCCUCGACAUGCUGACCCGGGGCGAGAACGUGAGCCUCGCCGAGUACGCCGGCCCGGGCGGGUGGAACGACUAUGACAUGCUUAUCGUCGGGCUGAACGGCAUUGCUCCGCGGCUUGUCGGCGCCGGAGCGAGUAAUAUUGAGUAUCGCGCUCAUUUUAGCAUGUGGUGCAUGGUGGCCAGCCCGCUGCUCAUUGGGACCGAUGUGCGGACACUUUCGAGCUUCGAUCUUGAAACUAUCACCAACGAGGAAAUCAUCGCCAUCAGCCAAGAUCCGUUGGGUGUCGCAGCUACAGUGGUCUACCAAGAGCAGGACGGUCAGCUGCAGUACUGGGCAAGGGAGCUGGAGGAUGGGAGUAUAGCCAUUGCGUUCCUGAAUCGCGGGUCAGAGCUGGCGUUGAUGAGUCUCUACCUUCAGCGAUACUUGUUUGUGGAAUGGAGGUCUUAUACAGUCAAGGAUCUCUGGACUCAUGAGCAGCAAGGACCGCUGAAAGCUCCAGCCUUUUCAGCUGAGGUGCUUCCACAUGAGGCAAAGGUCUAUAGGCUGGCGCCUGUGACAACCUACAGUUAA